AUGCAUCUAAAGUUCAAAAGCCUAACAGGAAAGGACAAAGCAAUUGAAAUUGACAGUUCUGCAACCAUUCUAGAGUUUAAAAAUAAAAUUUGCGAGCUUGAGCUGAUUCCUCCUGAGCAGCAAAGGCUGGUUUGCAAUGGCAAGAUUCUUGGAAAUGACACAGAAACACUCUCAUCAUACAAAAUAUCAUCAGGAAAUGUAAUACACAUGGUUUUAGCAUUGAGAGGAGGAUAG